AGGCAUCCACAUUUAUUCAAAAAGAAGUUCAUUUUAUACAGAGAGAGUACAAGUCUUAGUAUAUCAAAAAGUAUUAAUGUUUCAGUAUAAGGUGGUGGUAACCAGGAUUUUCGACUGUCCUUAAAGGCAGCAGCGGCCCAGACGUGGCCGUGGUACAGCUGCUGCGUUCAAGUGACGCAGUGUCCCGUCUGGAGGGAGGGCGAAGUUUCACUCUGCAUUGCAGCCCGAGCGCUGGCUGCCGCCGGAACACAACAAUGGCGACUCCCAGUCCGAACGGCAACUCCACGGGCUCCGGCAAUAUUCUGGGAGCCACGUCGCAUCACCUUCACCAACAGACACAGAGCAGCAGCAUGCAAGAAACCAACACCUGCUGGAGAUGUCAAAAUGAAACAGGGUUUCAGAUAAGCCUGUCCGGAGUGCCCCAAAGCAAACGUAAAGCUCUAAAGUUAAAUUUCGCCAACUCUCCAGUGAAGCCGACCUCCAGGCUUCCGCUUCAUCCCACGGCUCCAUCGUUCCAGAAUCCUCACAUAGAGCGCCUGCGGACACACAGCAUCGAGUCGUCCGGGAAGCUGAAGAUCUCCCCGGAGCAGCACUGCGACUUCACUGCGGAGGACCUGAGAGACCUCGGGGAGAUCGGCCGCGGCGCCUACGGCUCAGUCAACAAGAUGGUCCAUAAACCGACGGGCCAGAUCAUGGCAGUCAAGAGGAUUCGCUCCACUGUGGACGAGAAGGAGCAGAAGCAGCUGCUGAUGGACCUGGAUGUGGUGAUGAGGAGUAGCGACUGUGACUACAUCGUCCAGUUCUACGGCGCUCUCUUCAGAGAGGGCGACUGUUGGAUUUGCAUGGAGCUCAUGUCUACCUCAUUAGACAAAUUCUACAAAUAUGUAUAUUGCGUAUUAGAUGAUGUCAUUCCAGAGGAAAUAUUAGGCAAAAUAACAUUAGCUACCGUUAAAGCACUGAAUCACUUAAAAGAAAACUUGAAAAUAAUUCACAGAGACAUCAAACCUUCCAACAUUCUAAUGGACAGAAGGGGAAACAUCAAACUGUGUGACUUCGGCAUCAGCGGCCAGCUGGUGGAUUCCAUAGCCAAGACUAGAGAUGCAGGCUGCAGGCCUUACAUGGCACCUGAAAGGAUAGACCCCAGUGCUUCCAGACAGGGCUACGACGUCCGCUCCGACGUUUGGAGCUUGGGAAUCACCUUGUAUGAGUUAGCCACAGGAAGAUUCCCAUACCCCAAGUGGAAUAGUGUUUUUGAUCAACUGACACAAGUGGUGAAAGGAGAACCUCCACAGCUCAGCAACUCGGAGGAGAGGCAGUUCUCCCCAAAGUUCAUCAACUUCGUUAACCUAUGCCUUACAAAAGACGAGUCAAAGAGGCCAAAGUACAGGGAGCUUCUGAAACACCCGUUUAUUCUGAUGUACGAGGAGCGCUUCGUGGACGUGGCCAGCUACGUGUGUCGCAUCCUGGAUCAGAUCCCCGCCUCGCCCGUCUCUCCUAUGUACGUCGACUGAUGCCAAGAAGAGCGUUCCCAUUGGAGGAGGAGGGAGGGGUCCUUUCACGUCCAGAGUGGGGUGGUACACUAAGCUUUGUGGUGCGAUGCUUGUCAACUUAGCCUUCAGUUAUGCAGGAUCACCUGUUUGUUCACACGUUCCAAAGAACAAAGGAAUUAAAUCCAAACUUCCCAGUGCAAUGAAAUGAAAAUCACAAAAAAAAGAGAGAAACAUUUUCCAGUCAUUUUAAGAUCCCAAAAUAAUCUCUUCCACGUUAAAGCAGAGACACUUGAAGCAGCUUCUUUGUCUUAGUAAAGCGCAAUGCAUCUUUUUAUGUGACACAAAGAAUAGAGUAUACAUAUAUACAUGGAAUCUAUAUAUAUAUAGAUAUAGAUAUAUAUAUAUACUUGAACAUGUUCACCAAAAUCUACCAAAUGAAAUUGUGUGGAGCUUAUGAUGUAUGAACAAAACAGCAACCUAACGGAUUGUACGUUGUAUGCAUAUUGUCUUCGCCCAAAAUAACGACUUGUAUGGAUUAUUGCUGAUACACCUACUGUCUAAAAAUCACACACUUUCACACAUUUUGCUGUGAGCACCGUCACACACAGUCAAUGAAUGGAUAUGCAAAUGUUUCUUUUUGGAAAGCUAAUGCUAGCGUGGCUUUACUUUUUUUAAAUUUUUUUCCCCCCCAAUAUGCAAUCUGUGACGGCUUGUCUUAAAUGUUUUAUCUUCUUACACCUACUGCAGUGCUGGGCUCAGUGUGUGAGCUUUGACCUUUUUGUUUAAGUCACUUAACUAGGUAUGUACUAUUCCAGAAGAACAUUUUCAGUUAGCUAUUGAUGCUAACCGCCCAAAACAAAGUGCACACAGUCAGGUAAGCUGUUAGUUAAUGGUGGAGACACAGGAAAAAAACAGCAUGGUUGUACAAGACGCUUUACCAAAAAGAGAAGAAGUUUAUUAUAAAAGACUUUUGGGAAAGAUAAACUCAGCUAGUAUUGAAAUUAGGAGCUUUCUGUGAUGUUAAUCCUUUCUCAUAACAUGUUGCUAAAUCCUAUUUCUCCAUAAACGUUUCGUAAAGGCAAGCGCCUAACAGUUGACACAUGGUUUAAUUUUUAGGUUUGUUACAUAUAAAGCUGUUAAUCUCUGGAUCUUUGAUUGAUAUUUUUUCAAUUUGAUUAAAUAUGUGACCUGUAGUUGUUACUUUUUAUCCAAAGAAACUUGCAAAGCAUUGAAAACCAAACAUUUAACCAAAUAACUUUAAAAAAAGAACCAAAGGCCUGUUUUCUCUGAAAACAGGUUAUAUUUGCUAAUUGUACAUUGACAUGGAAUAUAUACAUUAAUAAUUUAAGCCUACCAAAAGUUGUUAGCUUACCAGUGUUGUAUAAAUUCCUUUUUUAACAUUCUUGCUUUUGACUGGCUAUCAUAAAUACCAUAAGUUACAGUUGGUUUAGACAUACUUGCUUCAUAGCUAAGUACCAGACAACGAAGAAAUUAUGUUUUCUGUUUUUAUAUAAAUGUAGUACAAAUGAAAAUAAUCCAUACUAAUAGUGCUUUUGUUUAUUUUGUCACAACUAGCUAACAAGCGGCCUAAUUAACUAGAACUUGCAUCUGGGUUAGCUAGCUGUUUACUACAGCUACUUAGGCCGCUUGUUAGCUAGCUGUUUGCUACAGCUAGUUAGGCCGCUUGUUAGCUAGCUGUUUGCUACAGCUAGUUAGGCCGCUUGUUAGCUAGCUGUAGCAAACAGCUACAUGCUAGCGUGUUUGCUAAUUUAGCAAAAAUUAUAUAGUUUCCACCUUGUUAGACCACAAACUCUGUAGCAAACAGCUAGCUGACAAGCGGCCUAAGUAGCUGUAGCAAACAGCUAGCUGACAAGCGGCCUAACUAGCUGUAGCAAACAGCUAGCUGACAAGCGGCCUAACUAGCUGUAGCAAACAGCUAGCUGACAAGCGGCCUAACUACAGCUAGUUAGGCCGCUUGUUAGCUAGCUGUAGCAAUGCUACAUUGCCUGAUGUAGCAAACAGCUAGCUGACAAGCGGCCUAAGUAGCUGUAGCAAACAGCUAGCUAACCCAGAUGCAAGUUCUAGCUAACAGAAAUUUUAGCUGACUGUUAGCUAGCUAAAGCUGUCACAUCUAACAGUUAAAUACAUUAUAAACGGAUAGUUGAUAUGUUUUGCCAAUUUAGCAAAAAUUAUAUAGUUUCCACCUUGUUAGACCACAAACUCUGUUCUAUACAUAUUAGUGCAUUUGUUAAAUUAUAGAAGGUUCUGCUUCAAAGUUACGCUCAUAAAGCUUCAUGAACAUUAUCACCAGCUGAUUUCUGAAACGGGAAGACACUUAGUUCUGUGACUAAAACAAUAAGGCAACACACACAGAGAAUCAAACCUUAGGUUAAUCCAAUGCUACAUUGCCUGAUGUAAAGUUACUUUCGGAUGUUGUUUUCACUGAUGUAAAUAGAUAUGUAUAUAGCCAUCCUCACCUGCUGUUCUUGGCAGGUUCUGCUCAGAUCUUCUAAUGCUCGUUCCUAAAACAUGGUGAUCAUGUCAGACAGGAGAGGAGAUGUGGCUUCGUACUGAGAAAUGUUACCAUAUAGACUGGUUUUUUGUUUGUUUGUUUUUUCUCCUCAACAGCCUGUCUUAGCACUGUACAGUCAAACUCACCCAUAAUGCUCACAGAUCCUCCAUGCUGCCACACACAGGCAUGCAGUAGUAACUACAGCUCUACAUGUUCUGACAGCUUCUUUCUGUCAAAUAAAAGAAAUAGACGGAACAACGGUAAAAUGCUGCUAAUCACAUGCUACCAACUUCCAUACCACAACUGUUGAGAGGAGGAAAGACUCUCCUCGCUUCGUCUCCCGCCCUUUGACCCCUCAGGUCACCCUGGAGCCUGCAUGUCCUCUGGUGAUCCAGCAUGCGUCUGGGCUGAUCCCAUCAUGCCAUUUCCUCGCCUAUCAAUUUGUUUGACCCAAACGUGUCAUAGCGUCCUAGAACAGGUCCGACUACGAAGACCCGAGAAGAGCAGUCAGACUUCAAGGAGGUAGCUUCUCAACAAAACACUUAAUGCAACACUAUAGAGGUCCAUCAUCCAAUAAAUUUAAAUGUGUAGGAAAAUAUAUGAUAAAUAAUAAUAAAAUUCUCAUUGUGUUACAUCUAGAGUGAAAUUCACUGGUUUUAUCACCAAAUAUGCUGCAGUUUCUGAGAAGCAAAUGGAUGCUGCCAUUGUGGCUCAAAUCCAAAAGGAAGUGGUAUUCUUGAUGAGGUUGAUUUAUUAUUUUGGCAGUUUAUUCUCAUCUGAGUCGCAUCUGGGGUUUUUUUUCUGUGACAUUGAGCCAAAAGAAAUGUUUUAAAUACUUUAGUGGUGCUUUAGUAGUAAGAAUGUAGAGGAUAAAACCACACCAGCACCCUUACCCUAUAUGACAUUAGAAAUGGGCUGUAUGCUCAGUUAAAUGGUUGUACAAUUCAGCUAUAGCAGUUUACAAGAUUAGUUAAAUAGUAUUAGUCUGUUGGAGUAUUACUGGUAUCGUUACAUUUGGGAUAGUCAAUGAAAAUGCAUAUGUUUGGUUUAUUAUGGGUCUCUACAGCCGUUAGCUGUGCCAUACCUCCCAUUGUGUGGGUGUACAUCGCGUCAUUUUGUUAGGAACAGUGAACGGUCUUUUCUUUUUUUUUUUUUUUUUUUUUUUUUACCUGUUCGGGAAAGCAAAACAUUACAACCACCAAAUUAAAUUCUGUCAUAAGGAGUUCUUGUCAGGUCUGUACUUUUCGUCUCCUUCCGGAAUGGCAGUAGAUGGCGCCGUUUUCCCUGCAGAUCUGCGGGGUUUAUUAUGCGUUUCCAGGAAGUUCACUUGCCACUGGUGAAUAUGAGUCUGCAGGGUACAUGUACAAAUGGCAAUUUACCAGAAUGUUCAUAUUAGAAUAUAAGAUGAUAUUAAGGGCAAUGAAUAUUAUAAGGUAUGUUUAUUGAGGGUUACAAUAAAAGUUCCCCAUGAAAAAGACUGAAAAUGUGUCUGUCUGGUUGUGUGCUGCUUACUAACACGGAUACAAAAAAGAACUGAAAAUACUUAGCUGUGAUCAUUUUUAUUGCUCUUUCAGCUGUAUACAGAAAUAAAUCCACAAUACCCUUUUUUUUUAUUUUUACAACAGACAAAAGGCAAGUUGGUGGCCAAGCAACAUGGAAGCUUCUGUCUGAUGUGUUUUUUUUGCUUUCUGGCCUUGACUAAGGAGAAUUAUUGCGAAUAAGGCCAGAUGGGUGAACAGGACUGGGAAACAUAUUUAAGACAGAAAGUGAGAACACCUUUGAAUGUGAUGGAAUCAAACCGUGUAAACCAUUAAACAUGUCCAUAGGUAAAGCGUAAAACGGUCAAAAAUGCUAAAGUCAAACCUGAUUUUACAGAGUAGAUGGAUGACCCACUAUUGGGGCAACACUUGUCAUACACAUGUUUUCACUUGCAUUUCUGUUUCGUAUUUGCGGCAGCGACAGUUCAAUGUCCGACGAGGCUAAUGCUAUAUUCUAAUUACUCUACUCUUAGUUUGAAUCUCAGGACUAACAGUUUUCAAAAAUCAGACAAUAAAGACACAUGUUCACAAAUAGAUGUCUGACUGAAUUAUUGACAUUGAAAGCCAUCAGAAAGGCAAACAAGCAAACUUUCUUACUCAGGACAGCCAUAUUGGAUAUGUUUUGGAAUUUCGGGGUUAAUACAGAUGGGGGUUUUUCCCCCCACCUUGGAACCUGAAAAUGUAUCUUACAGGAUGCACCUUGAGCCAUCGCUCUGAUUACAUUUGUUGUUAGACUUUCACGCAGCUCUGUAGUGGAAAAGAAAAGCAGUUUCAACGCCAUUUCUUCAUCCGUUCACCAAAAAUGCAUGGAGAACGUGAUUCUCGGGUCAGUUGUAACCAGAACUACGUCAAAGUGGCAAUGACCGUAGACACGGGAUGUUAUGGAUAACAAAAAUAAAUCCUGUCAGUUUCUCACCCAAAUUCAAACAUCUUAAAUAACACACUUUUACCAAAGCUGUGGCUUUGUAUUGAGUCAUACUUGUUUGAAAAAAAAAAAAAA